CCGACUGACCAUACCUGAUCCGCUGUAGUCACUCGUCAGCCAUCUUCCCUGUCUCCUUGGCCCUAGUCGCUCGCUUCCUCUCGGCUUGUCUCGUGCCUGUGCCUGUCUGUGCCUGUGCCGCCUGUCCAGUUCCAGUCUCGCAUACAGACGACCUUUCAAUAGCACCCUUGCGUCCACCCGGAACUUCCGUGGCGUGGGCGGCUGAUCUAUCAACACCACGCGCAUUCACACAACUUCUCUUUUUCUGGCAACUCACACCCAGCUGCCGCUUACACCUUUGAGCCAAUUCCCCUGCUUGCAGCCAUGGUCCGCUCAAGAAGAGUACUUUCUUUUAUGUCAGAAUGGGGUGGCGGCUCACCACAUAGGAAAUCGUCUGCGGCCGCUUCGCCCAUAACGUCCCCGUCCCCCUCCAAUACGCCGCAGAACACGGGAACCGCAUACCCAAACCCAUCUGCCUCUUCCGCCGCUCUCGAUCAAUAUGACGGCACAACGGCGAAUACUCAGCAUCGUUCUGACUCGAGACCCUCGUCACGGCCCAUGUCAAUGAUACAAACCUACCAACCGCCCGUAAUGGAGGUGUCACAGGACACGCUUCCCGAGCUCCAACGCAUAUUCACGUUUCUCAACAGCCAUUCGAAUAAGCUAUAUCAGGAGGGAUAUUUCUUGAAGUUCCACGACACAGACUCGCGUGGCCGGCCCGCUGCCGAUCGAGUGUGGCAAGAAUGUUUUGCCCAACUUGUAGGCACAAUUCUUUCUCUAUGGGAUGCUAGCGAGCUAGACAAAGUAGGCGGCGAUGCGGAGGUGUUGCCCACUUUCAUCAACCUGACCGAUGCGGCGAUCCACAUGAUGCCCUCCAUGGUCCUCAGCGACGGUAAAAAGCUCGACAAUAUUCUCAGCAUCUCGACCGCGGCGAGUAACAAAUAUCUGUUCCACUUCAACUCCUUCAAUUCCCUUACCCAGUGGACUGCCGGCAUCCGUCUCGCCAUGUACGAGCAUACGACAUUGCAAGAGGCGUAUACGGGUGCUUUGAUCGCAGGCAAGGGCAAGCAAUUGAACAACAUUCGUGCUAUUCUGGACCGCCAGCGUGGUUUGCACGAGGAUUGGGCCCGCGUCAGGUUCGGUGCUGGAACUCCUUGGCGACGGUGCUGGUGCGUUGUAAGCCCGCCAGACGAAAAGGAGUACGCCAAACUCCAGAAGUCGCAGAAGAAGCAGAGCAUUUAUGGCCAUAAACCUAUCGUUCUCAAGGGUGACAUUAAGUUCUACGACACCAAAAAGAUCACCAAGAAGACACGACCAAUUGCGACUGUCCGGGAGGCCUACUCGUGCUAUGCCAUCUAUCCCCAAUCCAAACCACUCAUCGAUCAGUCUACGCUUGUAAAGAUCGAGGGAAAGAUCACCAUUCAUUCUAAACCGGAAUCUGUCACCGAAGGCUUUGUUUUUGUCAUGCCUGAAACGCACCCCGCAGUCUCUGGUUUCGAGAUCAUGCUUCGCUUCCUGUUCCCUGUGUUUGAUACUUUUGCGCUCUACGGCCGGCCUCAGAAACUGAUCUCCGAUGUUCUCGACACACGAGGACUCAUGUUCGCCAUGCCUCCUGAUAGGCGAUAUGGUUAUCUAGAGAUGUGGGAUGUUGUCAGCCUCAUUCACGCCGAAGGUAGCCAGAACUGGUCUGAGCGACAAUGGCGAAGAGAGCUAAAAGAGUUGACGUCGAAACGCAUGCUGGCGACCCCAUCCCGCGGUACCAGCAGGGCUGGUAGCCGGAGAAACACCCUCAGUCGCGCAAGCCUGUCCGGACGAAACGGUGGUGUUCGGUUCGACGAACACGGCUCCGCUCGCUCCCAACCUUCCACCAGGCAGUCAUCCCCAUCGCGCCAGCUCGAUUUCGAGGCCCAAGGUCCACGACGCGUUGAUUCCGCACCUCCUACGUCUAACUUGUCUAAUUCCCGCCACCAGCGAUCUGUAUCAGAAGCUACUGGCUACAGGUCUCGAAGUAAGGAGGCUCCGUCGCGCUUUGCUCACGACAAUGGCAUCGAUGACUAUGAUACUCCCCCUCCGCCGCCACAGCACGGUUACAUCCCGACCAGUGGUGAGGAUAUCUUUUCGGACGGAGAAGCCAGCCCUAUUCGCGAUCUCCCGCAAGUCCAGGUAGCGCCAAGUGCACCUCCCAGCAAUCCUGUUGCCGCUCCCCCAUCAUUUGCUCACGCACCGAGUCAACGGCCACCUGUGCAACCAGCCCAAGCACAUGCAAUGAAGCCCAAUGCCCACAUUGAUUCGGCCACUCUUCAUCAAUUGGCGGAUGCCACUCAUGCAACACUACCAGCAGGCAUCGCAGUUGCUGGUGCUGCAGCAGCCUGGAAGAGCCAAGAUAGUUUGGCCAGCAGGCGGAGUGGUGAACAUGACAGAGACGGAAGCCCAAUGCAUCUAAAUGUAAACGGACGACCGCAACUAGCUGAUCAACAACCACACAGUGCGAAUAGCUCCCGUUCCGGCCAUUCGGGCUCCAGGCUACCGACCAUCCCCGCCUCUCCCUUCGUCGAGCAACCAGAAUUCGUGCAAUCGCCCGCGGUAUAUCAACCUGCAGCACCUGCUGUACCGGAGUAUGCGGAAGUGCCUUCGCAACCCGAUGGAGAACUUGCGCACCGCCCGCGUCCUACCAGCAGCGGCAGCCAAAUCCAUCGUAAACCAGUACCAGGUCGGUCUUCACUAUCCUCGCGAGGGGACCCUGAUAAUCGUUCAACAAAAAGCUCAAGUCACGGCAGUUUCAGAAAUGACCUAAUGGAUCCAGCGGCCCUCGCGGCCCUGGACUACACCGACCCCAGCAUGCUCAGGACGGCAACGAUGUCAAGCAGCGUCUACGAUGAUGACACGGUGUCGACAUCCACUCCAGAUUACGCAAGUGUAUAUAGUCAAGAAAGCAAACCGCCUGUCAAGAGGGUACCGGAGCGUCAGGAGCGACCGCGUAGUGGGAUGUUGAAGUUUGUUGGUGAUCCAGAUCUGAAUAAGAAGAAGACGGAGGUUACGGUGGGCGAUGUGCACUAUAAUCCCGGGGCAAAACAAGAAGAACCCACGUCCGAUAUUCCUGAGAUUGAUUUUGGUCCCACUUACUCUUUGAAUCCUGAUGCUAAACGGCCCGGGACCAGCGGAACCAUGACUCAGGACCUUCACGAUAGUGGCUUUUCCCGCUCACAAGAGAAACUCAGUCUAACCCCGGCGGAGCAAAAGCGUCAGUCUUAUCUCACUGGACGAACAACCCCUAUUGCCGCUGCUCAUAUGCGAAGCUCUUCUGCAUCACCCAAUUACUCAGAUACUCGCAGUGUUGCCUGGCAGCCUGGCAUGACUUCUCAAGUAUCAUCCGAGAGGCCCAAGUUGACUCCCGAUGAAUGGGUGGCACAGCGUGCCGCUCCAGGUCCACAGGCUUCUCCGGUCUACUCGCAUGGGCGUAGCAGGUCGCAUACGCCCACGCUACUCACCCGGAACCACUCCGGUGAUUGGUCCCAUAUGCCGCAGCUUCAAGAAGCGAUGCCUGCCCGUCCUCCAAGCCGCCCGUUGAGCCGUCCCAAUUCACGUGGCGCAACCCAUUUGUUAGAUCAACGGCCGACCUCCCUAUCUGCACGUGAACAGGAGCAAGUUGCCCGAAUGACCGGAACCCCCCUUAUUGACCUGAAGCACAAUGUGAAAGAACCCCCGAAGCCAUCAUCCGCGGGCCUGACUGCAUAUAUCGAUAAGCGUGAGAAAGAAAAGGCAAAGACCAAGGCAAACCGUAAUUCAGUCGCCAUGCAAACCGAAAUUGAUCGACGAAUGAUGGCAGCUCAGCAGCGUCAAAUGAUGGAAAUGCAGCACAUGAACCAACAGCAGACGAACCAACAAAUGGCAAUGGCGCAGAGCCAAUAUGCUCCUUCCGUCAUGGGUGCUCCGUCGAUGAUGGGCGCUCCAACCAUGAUGGGCGCCCCUUCCGUCAUGGGCGGAGGCUCUCCCUCUGUAAUGGGCACUCCUCCUAUGAUGGCAGCGCCCCAGGGAUACCAGCAAGCCUUUGCGUAUUCAAGCCCUAGCCAGAUGCAGCAGAUGUAUCAGCAGCCUCAACAGGGCUACUUUCCACAGCCUUCCAUGUCUCCUGCCAUGCAGCAGGGUUUUGGAACUCCUAGUCCACAGCCAAUGCAAGGGCAGUACUUUCCACAACAGCAACAUAUGAUGCAGCAACAACAACCGCAGGCACAGCCGUACGGUGCCAGCUUUGACCAAGCCCAGGCGGCGGCGCGUUUUGCCCACCAUCAACGCCGGGGUUAGAUUCCAUCAAUGUGACAGAAGAUAGAGCGUGGCCGAAAUCAUUGAGUGAGGAUUGGACCGUUGAAGAUGGCGGUCGACGUUGCUUUUGUGUGAAGCGAGCAGAGGCAGUCAACGUAAGAUGAAAGAGAAGCUUUCCGAUUCGAUUCUAUGUAAAUUCUUCAUUGGAGAACCACAACUUU